AUGGAUAGGAUGAUGGGGAAGAUAAAGAAGCUUGAGGAGCAAAUGGCUUUGAUGUGCUCCGUGGUGGUCCAAGGCAGCAUGGCUGGAACAUCAUUCGCUUUAGGAGCUCCUACGACACGAAGAUUUCAAGGAGUUGAAAUCCAAUUCUCACCGGAUAAUGCUGCUAAGGAAGCCAGAGCAAAAUUGAGGAGGCUGACUCAGAAAGGUACAAUUAGUGAUUACGUUAAAGAGUUUUUCGAAAUUCUGUUGGAAAUCUCAAACUAUCCAGAUGAGGAGGCCUUGUUUGCUUUUAUGGAUGAUUUUCAGCAUUGGUUAAAGAUGGAAAUUGAGCAUAGGGGAGCUCAAGUCCUUGCUAUUGUUAUUUCGAUAGCAGAAUCCCUUGUUGAGUACAAGAAGGGAGACAAAGAUGAGGACGACGAAGACUACGAACUGGUUCAGUCGGCGGACGACGACGAGGAUGACGAUGAAGAUGACGAUGGUGAAGGCGGAGACGACGAUGACGACGACGAGGAGGAAGACAGUGACGAGGAUGAAGACGGUGAAGAAGAGUUUGGCUCUCGACAUCCAGCUCUUCGUCUACACCGUCGAAACGGCUCACACGCGAGAAGAGACUCAGAUGACAAGAGGAAUUUUAAAUAUUAUCAACCAACGUAA